AGAAACAGUAUACAAUAUUAUUCUAACUUAUCGCAUAGAAAUUAUGGGCAGAAAACCUUGUUGUUCUAAAGAAGGAUUAAACAAAGGAGCAUGGACUCCUAUGGAGGAUAAAAUUUUAAUAGAUUACAUCAAAGUUAAUGGUGAAGGAAAAUGGAGAAAUCUUCCCAAAAGAGCUGGUCUUAAAAGAUGUGGAAAGAGUUGCAGAUUAAGGUGGCUAAACUAUCUAAGGCCAGAUAUUAAGAGAGGAAAUAUAUCUCCAGAUGAAGAAGAUCUCAUUAUCAGACUUCAUAAACUUCUUGGAAACAGAUGGUCUCUGAUAGCUGGAAGGCUACCGGGACGAACAGACAAUGAAAUCAAGAACUACUGGAACACCAACAUCGGCAAAAAACUACAACAAGGAGUUUCUCUUGGACAGCCAAACUGCAUAACAUCUUCCAUUAAUCGUCAGCGCCCAGGUUCUAGUCAUGUCAAAUCAUCCAAGUCCGGCCCAGUUACCCAACUAAACAAAAAUAAUCACGAACACACAGAUCCUCAGGAUUCACAGUAUUUGCUAACAGACGUUGGACUUGGAGGAUCAUCGUCUUCUUCAUCCCCGUGUUUGGUCGUCCGCACAAAGGCAAUUAGGUGCACUCAAGUUUUUAUUAGUCCUCCUCCUACUACUAGUUCAGUUGCUGAGCCACUAAAUGUUGAUCAAUCUCACAAUCAAAGGGCUAGUAAUUCUCACUCAGUCUUCCCACCUUGCACCAGGAUUAAUACUCAACGCUUUCAUGUUGACAACUCAAUUCUUGAUAAUGAUAACGAUGACAAGGUAAUGGCGGAAGAUUUGGAAAUAGAAAAUGCAACUACUAUUGUAGCAUCCUCAUCAUCGUCAGUAUCAUCUUUGUCCGAGCAACAACAACCAAUAUCAGGAUCAACACCUACUUUCUCUGAAGAACUGGAAAAUUAUAACUUUAAUUUCAUGUUUGGUUUUGAUAUGGACGAUCCUUUUCUUUCUGAGCUUCUAAAUGCACCUGAUAUAUGUGAAAACUUGGAGAAUACAACUACUGUUGGAGAUAGUUGCAGCAAAAACGAAAAGGAAAGGAGCUAUUUCCCUUCGAAUUAUAGUCAAACAACAUUGUUCGCAGAAGAGACGCAACACAACGAUUUGGAACUUUGGAUUAAUGGCUUCUCUUCUUGAUUUAAUUUAUUGUUGAUCUGGCAUGCAUGAUCAUGAGUCAACAUGACUCUUAAUUAUGCACUCAUAAUAUUGUUUUUAGUGCACGAUUCAGAAUUUAGAAUCACCAAAUUCUGUAAUUUAUUUAUUGUUAUUUCUUUUCAUAUUUAUAUAUAAGAUGACCUACUGCGUCUUC